GGCGCUGACAUCUCACGGCGGUCCCUCAAACUCUUCCUCUCACAACGGCACAACCAGUGCUGCCAACAGCACUACAGCGUCUUCCGCCGUUAACAACGGCGCCCACAGUCCCUCUGCAACGGGCGUUGUCACCACCAGCGGUCACCACAAGGACAGCAGUCCCAACGGCAAACACAGCAAUGGACACGGCGCUGUGGUCGCUGGUUUGAGUCUGAAUCCGGCAGCCGGUGCCGGAAGUGUUGGUAAUACAGGGAGUGGCGCACACGGAUUGGUUGUUUCGCAGAGACCAGUUGGAGCCAUGGCGCCCGGGACGCCGAGUGCCAAAACUAAGGACAAGAUUAUGCUUCGUGCCAAAGUGGUUGUGGCUUUGUAUCCAUUCAAAGCUAUUGAAGGAGGAGAUUUGUCAUUAGAAAAGGGGGCAGAGUAUGAAGUAGUAGAUGACUCGCAAGAACAUUGGUGGAAAGUUAAAGAUAAUGCUGGUAACAUUGGAUACAUCCCGAGCAACUAUGUUAAAGAAAAGGAGCUGCUCGGUUUACAAAAAUAUGAGUGGUAUGUUGGAGACAUGUCCAGGCAACGAGCAGAAUCGUUACUCAAACAAGAAGACAAAGAAGGUUGUUUUGUUGUAAGAAACUCUUCGACUAAAGGCCUCUAUACACUCUCGCUUUAUACCAAAGUUCCACACCCCCACGUCAAACAUUAUCACAUCAAACAGCAGCAGCCAAACAAAUCGGGCAGUGGAGGAGGUGCAGGAGGUGAAUUAUAUUAUCUCUCUGAAAAACAUUGUUGUGCAAGCAUCCCAGAAUUGGUGAAUUAUCAUCGGCACAACAGUGGAGGACUGGCGAGCCGACUUAAGGCGUCGCCUUGCGAUAGACCAGCACCACCUACUGCUGGUCUCAGUCAUGAUAAAUGGGAAAUUGAUCCAGCAGAGCUGAUGUUGCUUGAAGAAUUAGGUUCUGGUCAAUUUGGCGUUGUCCGUAAAGGUAAAUGGCGCGGAUCUAUCGAUACCGCUGUUAAAAUGAUGAAAGAAGGAACAAUGUCUGAAGAUGACUUCAUUGAAGAAGCCAAAGUCAUGACUAAAUUGCAACAUCAGAACCUAGUGCAACUGUACGGAGUGUGCACAAAGCACCGUCCAAUUUAUAUUGUGACAGAAUACAUGCGUCAUGGUUCCUUGCUCAACCAUUUGAGACGUCACGAACUUGCUCUGGCUGGAAACAGUGCCAUGUUGCUUGAUAUGUGCAUACAGAUUUGCAAAGGUAUGUCCUACCUAGAACGGCACAAUUAUAUCCAUCGCGACUUGGCUGCUCGUAACUGUCUCGUUGGUUCUGAAAAUACAGUAAAAGUAGCAGAUUUUGGUUUAGCUCGUUACGUUUUGGAUGACCAGUAUACGUCAUCAGGUGGUACCAAGUUCCCUAUAAAAUGGGCGCCUCCUGAAGUUCUUAAUUACACCAGGUUUAGCUCCAAGAGUGAUGUGUGGGCUUAUGGAGUCUUGAUGUGGGAAGUCUUUACUUGUGGAAAGAUGCCUUAUGGUCGUUUGAAGAAUACCGAAGUCGUAGAACGUGUACAACGUGGAAUUGUUCUUGAGAGACCUAAAGGCUGUGCGAAAGAAGUUUAUGAAAUAAUGCGCGCCUGCUGGUCCCACAGCCCAGACGAUCGUCCAUCAUUCAGAUCGUUGAAAGAACAAUUACAUUCUGUCUCUCAAAACCUCAUGCAAGAUUGACUGAUUGACAGCUCCAACUUCAACAUUCCGUCUCAACAGUACACAUUGCAAGAUCUAUCUUUGCUGUCAAAAAAAUUAAAACGACUUUUAGAAUCUCAGAAGCAUCAGCAACUCCAAAGCAACUCUAUUCGACAGCAGCAAUCUGUAAAAACGUCUCGGAGAAGUUUUGCUCAACAAGAUCUGUCGGCGAAUUGGAAUAAAAAAGUGUCAAAUUUAUUAGCGAUAUGCCAGAACUUAGAUGGAAUGAUUACUUACGAUGUGAGGAGUCCGAAAAUUAGUCAAAUGGCACAUGUGGAAAGAAGCGAGGUAAAGGAUGGUAAUAGUAGUAAGUUUAAUAGGUUUGGUACGAUUUUAAGGAAAAGUUUUACUUUGGGGCAUAACAAAAAGAAAUGUAAACACGAUAGUUCAAGCGACGCAAAAAGUCAAACUUUAAACAGUAAAAAGAGUUCUAAACACAAAUCUAAACCAAAAGUCAUUCCAGACGUGACCGACGAAAUUAAUACAGACUUACAAGAAUACAGCGUUCCAGAUUUCCAAUCCAUUCAAUCCGGUUCUAGCAAAAACAGUCUGUGUGAAAAUUCUUUCCACCCAAAACACAAUUUCAAACACCAACGUUCAGAUGAAUCUUAUUCUUUAACUUGUCUGCAACCUCCUCAGGUUAGUAGAACCCCCACAAAUUUAUCAAACACUAAUCGAGCUUUAUCCAAAAGCACGGACACCAAAUUCUGUCCAAACGAAUUAUUGGUCUCGGAAGAAGUGGUGGAUUAUUUAAACGAAGUGAUCAAAUCGAAACAUAAGAAUAAGCAUUCGAAAAUGGCGAAAAGCUCGGAGCACAUUGAUUGUAUUCUGUGUGAUAUUAUAGGAUUAAGGGGCGCUUCGUGCAAGGGCGGUUUAAAUGAGGGUAAGCUGCAAUAAUUGAUAAAGGAUAUUUGAUAUGUGUGAGCCCGCUGGGAUAAAUAAUAGGUUUAAGGUUAGAUUUAGAAAUGGGAUGUGUGUUUUUAUUUUGGGACGAGGGGAAAGUGUUAAAGGGCACUUGCAAAAUACUUGAUACUUA